AUGAACGCACAAAUAGAAGAACUAGUGUCAAACUGCUCAACAUGUCAGUACUACGCAAAUACCAAUCAACGAGAGCCACUCCAUCCACACGAUAUUCCCAGUCGACCCUGGCAAAAAAUUGGCUCUGACCUUUUUGAUUGGAAUGGGAAACCACAUCUAAUAGUUGUUGAUUAUUACAGCCGGUAUCCCGAAGUAGCUGAACUUCGAGACACAAAAGCACAAACAGUUAUUAACAAGACAAAGUCCAUAUUCAGUCGUCAUGGAAUCCCAGAAACUGUAGUGUCCGACAAUGGCCCACAAUACUCGUCGGAAGAAUACAGACAGUUUGCAAAAGACUAUAACUUUUGUCACAACACCAUAAGUCCGAGAUAUCCACAGUCUGGUGGAUUACAUGAGAAGACAGUCCAAACAAUGAAGAAUAUUCUAAAGAAAUGCAAAGCUAACGGCGAAGAUCCAUACCUCGCGUUGUUAGAUUAUCGUAAUACCCCUAUUGACGGUGUAACUCCGGCGCAAGCACUAAUGAGCAGACGACUUCGUUCAACCAUUCCCACCUCUCAAAGAAAACUUAAUCCAAAGCUCAUCAACCGAACUACGUUUAAAGCAGCACGUCAACAACAGCAAGAACGGCAAAGAAAACACUAUGACCGCACAGCCAAGUCUUUGGCACCACUGGAAGAAGGAGAAAUUGUUCGAUUUCGUUAA